AACCAUCGCUCACCUCGAGAUCCUCGAGAUCACAUCAACCGUCACGAACUGGAUUAACAUUGAGGCCCUGUAUCGGGGGGAGAAAGGGCCAAGAUGAUUCAACUAAAGACCAUGCUGAACUGCAUCGACAACUCGGGUGCCGCCGUUGUCGAGUGCGCCCUGAUAGUCGGUCAAAAGAGGCACGCAACGAUAGGUGACCGCUUCGUAGCCGUCGUCCAGAAGCAGCGCGGCGCCAGCGACGCAGGCAUGGGCGCCGCCUCGGCCGCCAACAAGGUGAAGCGCGGCGACAUCCGGCACGCCAUCGUGGUGCGGACCAAGAAGAAGGUGCAGCGGCCCGACGGCAGCGUCGUGCGCUUCGACGACAACGCCUGCGUCCUGAUCAACAAGUCCGGGGACCCCAUCGGCACGCGCGUCAACGGCAUCGUCGGCGCCGAGCUGCGGAGGCGGAAAUGGAGCAAGAUCCUCAGUAUGGCGCCCACCCACGCCUAAAAACAAAGAAAGAAAAAAAGAAGAAAGAUAGCGUUCUCGUAUACUGCACGACUCAUCACAGCAUAUACCGCUUGCCUGCUAUGACGAUUAGAUAAGAGCGGUGAGCCCGGUACAGAGGCUAGGGAUAUUGCUGGCCAGGGUGGAUGGUCGUCCUUAGGCCCUCGGAUUAACCGAGCAGAACCAGCU